CCUCUGCUCGCUCUGGUCGCUGGAGGUUGAUGUCACUGGCAGAGUCUUCAGGACAGGACACAAGCUGGUCAGGCAAGGAGCUGCUGAUAGAGGGAGAGAAGGAAAAAAGUGGGUGAUGUUGCAGCUGGGAUCUCGUUUAUGGACAUUGUGGAAAGGCUGCUGAUAGAGACCGGGGAGCUUCUCUUGGUAUUUUCAAGCUGAGAGGUUGAGGUAGCUGAGUAGCCGCAGUAUUUUUAGCUCACUUCUGAAAGGAAUACAAAAAUGUCGUCUCCAAGUCCGGGAAAGAGGCGAAUGGAUACCGACGUGGUGAAACUCAUCGAGAGCAAGCACGAGGUCACCAUCCUUAGUGGACUCAAUGAGUUUGUGGUCAAGUUUCACGGACCACCUGGAACACCGUAUGAAGGAGGCGUGUGGAAGGUCCGGGUGGACCUGCCUGAUAAAUACCCCUUCAAAUCGCCUUCAAUAGGAUUCAUGAACAAAAUCUUUCAUCCCAACAUCGAUGAAGCGUCAGGAACUGUGUGUUUAGAUGUCAUUAACCAGACGUGGACAGCUCUCUAUGACCUCACCAACAUCUUUGAGUCGUUCCUCCCUCAGCUGCUCGCCUACCCCAACCCCAUCGAUCCUCUGAAUGGGGAUGCAGCCGCCAUGUACCUGCACCGGCCAGAGGAUUAUAAACACAAAAUCAAAGAGUACAUCCAGAAGUACGCCACAGAGGAGGCGCUAAAAGAGCAGGAGGAAGGAGGAGGCGACUCAUCUUCCGAGAGCUCCAUGUCAGACUUUUCGGAGGACGAGGCUCAGGAUAUGGAGUUGUAGUGAAGGUGGAGCAGCCUUCACCUCACAGCAGACUGUCAUUUCCUAAAAGAGCAGAAACUCAGUACUAUAUUCAUAUUUAAACAAGACAAUUUUUUUACAGCAACACAAGGAUUUUUAUUGCUACACGAGGAUUUGCAGUAUGAUAUUGCAGAAUAUUCACUCUUACUUAGGAAUUCAUUGCCACCUGCCCUUCCUUCCUCCUUCAUCUUCCUCCUCCUCCUCUUCUUCUUCUCCUCCUCCUUCGUCCCAAGGCCCAGUUUAGAUCAGGUUGAUUUUGUUGAUCUUUCGUGGCUCGAGCUGACAUUUUCACAUUGCUCUGACCGCCAAAACUGAGCUGUGAGGCCGGCAGAGGAGGAGAGCCAUCAGCACAAAACUAGACUGUGUACCACAGGCCUCACCUCGCCACCUUUCGUUCUAACACGCUCAAGUUUUUUUUUUUUCUUUUCAUGAGGCAUUUUUUCCUCGCUGACAGAAGACUGCCAGGAGGACAUCCAUGAUUCAGUCUCUGCUUCUAAGGAGAGAGGAAUCCUGUUUUUUUCUUCCUUUUUUUUUUUCUAAGUUAUCUUUGCCCCAUCUUCAUCUUUUUGACACUGCCACGAUGAGGAGUUGCCAUUAAAAGCAUCACUUUGAAGGAGCAGAAGGCCACAGCGUGCGGUCAUGUGUACAGACCCGUGCCCUCUGUGCAACCUGCAGACACGUCACACACUUAACAAGCAAGCGGCACAUCAACCAUGAGCCACACAAAACACCACAGCAUGUGCGUGUGUCUAGGUGUGUGUGUGCGUGUGUGUGCAUGCAUGAAUGUAAUCCAUUGAUAAUCUGUGUUGUUUUGGCGCCCCGGCUCCCCCUCCGAUGCUCAGCAGAAACCAGAAGAGGAGAUUCAAUAAUCCCGACACCUCUUUUGUUCAGCACCCAUCUCCUUCUCCUCUUCCUCUCCGUUUUAGGAAAGCGUUUGUCAUUCUCUGAGUAUCUUUGUAUAUUGUGGCAUGACACAGUUAAAGUUUGUGUAGGGCUUUGUGGAGCUGUAUCGCUAUAGACACGAAGGGGACGCCUCUGUGAGUCAGCCCGCGCUCGACACGGGUUAUCUGGGUUUUCUCGGUGAAUCGUCGGACUUCUUAACUUUGCCUAUUGCUUGUGUUGAACUAUAAUAGGUGUUUGACUUGCGUAGGGAUAGUUAGUUUUUCGCGGGUGGUGAAUCCUAUCAUAAUGUAUGGUUUAAUACUUACACACUAGUUUAAAAAGACUUCUUGUCCUGAUGAGGACAGGGAGAAUUGCACGUCUUUGGAGGUGUGUUGCAGCCCUGCUCCUCUGCACCCCCCCCCCCCCCCCCCCCCCCUUUUUUUUUCCUUCUUACGUAAACAUCUCAAUCAAAAGCGAUUUCUGCUGCCAGACAGAAGCGCUCUGUUUCCCAUUUACUUUUUCAUGCUGUUGGUGGCCUGUUUUCCGAAAAAUGGUGGGACCAAAAUCUAAUGAAUCUUACAGGCUGUAGUGUCAUUGCCCCCCCCCCCCCUCCAAAAAAAGGGAAACUGGGUUAUGGAUAAAGAGUGAAGCUGAGUAGAUAAAAGUUCCUCAAGUGGUGAAUCUCAGAUUGGUUUAAACUUCAAUUUGGACACAACGCUCCUCAUAAUCUUCAUCUUCUUCUUCUUGCGAGGACACUUUCAGUGUUUUUCCUGCUUUAUGAAAAGCUUUAUGUGCCUGCUAGCAUUAGUGUGGAGGAGGUGUUACCAGAGCUGUGAUGGCACCCUGAUCUGUAGUCUGACACUUGUUUGUAACCUGUGCUCGUUGCAUUACAGAUCAGUCUGCUGUUUUGUUUUUCCCUGUGAAAGAAACCCAAAUUAGAAUCGUAUCACCAUCAAAAGGAGCCAUUUCUCUUUGUUUGAAUCAAAAAUUCAAUGAAUCCCCCCUUGUUGGAAAAAAGAAAAAAAAAAGAAAGAAAGAAAAAAGAUCAGUUUCUCUUUCGCGGUGUCUUGCAAGAGGGUGAUACCUUAAUUAAGGUGGUAAAAACUGCAUGUUAGACUUCUUCUUGAUAUGGUGAUUUUAAAACAAAAAGGUAAGAAUUGCUCUAAUUAGGCUGGAUAACCAAAUAUAUGAGGGUGUCGGUCUUAAGAUGACGUGAUGUCACAGUCGGUUUUCAUUUGCAACAGAAAACAAACCACUUGUUGUUUGUCAGCCUCUGGAUUCCUCGUUGUGUUAUGUAUUUUACUGGAACACAUAUAUUUGAUGCCUAAAUUUGUUUGAAUGUGUAUUUUUUUUUUUUGUUUGUUUGUUUUUAAAAAGAAUUUUUUUUUAGUUUCCUAUGCCCUGUUUCCAGGAUACAGUUCAAGAUAUCCCCAAAUUUUAAAAGGCAAAAAAUGAAUAUAUGUGCUUCCCUUGUAACUUGAAGAAAGAAAUAAACAAAAAAAAUUAUA